AUGUUGUGGGUUGUUAAGAUUUCUGACGGUGCGGCUGUGCGGACCUGCAUCCAUGGCUGUGCGCUGGGGUUUUGGCCGGACUGGUGGGCGAGCGAGAGUGUGUGUGAGGAGCCUUUCGAGCGUUGCAGCAGGCAGAGCGGACGCCCGUGGGGUGCAUUGCACUGCAGUCACGUCCUUGACUGGCGGUUUGAUUUGAACGUUGUUCGAUUGCAGCCUGCUCCGCUGGAAGCUGCGGCUCGACGCAAAGCGGGGCGGAGCCGCCGGGCAGCGACACUUGCAGGUGGCGCCUUCCCUUCCUUCUGCUGUUUUGGUCGAGCGCCGUGUGCUGGUGCGGAAAGGGGGGUUUGGGUGGCGCUGUUGAGAGCGUUGAAUGUCAAGAGUGUCGGUGCAUCCGGUGGGGCUCUCCGGGGCUGGGGUGUGGGUAAGAUGGUUAUGCGCCGAAAUGAUGCAUGUCACCUAACGGGCACCCCCCUCCGAGGCGAGAGUGCGUGA